AUGUCCUUUUCGUUUGCAUGUGGUGGCUAUCUCAAAAUGUACUUGUUUGGUGUGGCCAAAGCACUGCAAGAAUUUGAGCUCGAGAAAGACGCUCGUCUCAUUGGCUGCUCGGCCGGCGCAUUGGCAGCCACGGGGCUGGCGUUGCAUUGUAAUUUUGACGCUAUUCGUGACUUUGUCUUGACCGACGUCAUCCCGAACGCACACGUGUUCCCUGCCGGAUACUUUCGUGCUCGAACAUUUUUGUUGAAUACGUUGGAGGCAGAGGGGAAACUGCACGAGUACGAGAAGCUUAACGCAUCGCAGCAGCUUACAGUCGUCUACACGUCACUGUCGGCUCUUACCUCACGUCGUCACACGACGUUUGAGUCGCAACAGCAGCUGACAGACAGUUUGAUGGCGUCGUGUUGCGCCACGCCCAUUGCUGGCAUGCCGUUUAAGCUCAAUGGUGAGUGGGUCAUGGACGGAGGCAUGCUUGACUUCCAGCCAGUGUUCGACGACAAGACGGUGACUAUCAGUCCGUUCUACUGCGUCGGUGCAGACAUUAAACCGUCAGUGUACGUGCCCAUGUGGUGGGCAUUGUUUCCACCCGGAGUGAGUGAUGUCGAAUGGUUGUUUGACUUGGGAUAUGAAGAUGGAUUGAAGUGGAUCGUAAAGAAUAAUUUGACUGGUGGUCGCAAGAACAUUGUCAUCCCUGAGAAGAGCGUGACAUUUGUUGGCGCAUGGAAUACGACGGUGGGUCGUGUAGUGGGCUACCGUAGCUGCGAGAACCACUUUCUCGAUGCCUUAUUCAUUGGACUCUUUGUGUGCCUGUGGCGUCCAUUGGUCUUCCUGUGCUUGUACCUGGAGCUUUGUUUACAAGCGGUUGUAUCAGGCAGCAAGGCUGCGAUCUUCGGAGCCGCGGCCAAGCUGCUAGUCUCGAACAUCAUCAUGGGCGCGCUGGCUGCGGUUCUGGCAACUCGGGGCCUGCAGCACACGAUGCUAUUCCUGGUCGGUCUGUCGGUGACAGGAUUUUUUCUGGGUGGUAUGGUAUUGCUGGUUGGCGGCCUCCAGCAGGCUGCCGCGGUCGCCUCGCAUGACUGGCAACGAUGCCGAUCGUACAUGCGCAGCAUUACGAGUCUGUCACUCUUUCUUCGCUGCAUGCCCGUGGUGGGCUGUUUUGUUCAGAUCAAGCGUCACGAGCUUCUACUACAACAUUCACUCGUGUAUCGUGUCGCGAUGUAUUGCAUGUAG